AUUCAGAAAGAGGAUCCUAGAUGACAAAGGACAGAAGAAAGGGAACUAUUCUUCACUUGCAUUCUGAUCCCAGGAGUGUGGGGGUCUCUCACAAAGUGCAGGGAAAGGAGGACGGACCUGCAGUUCUGGGAGAAUGGCAGAAGUUGUGCGGAUAGUGGUGUUUGUGAUGGCUUUCAUCAGCUGCAAUGCCCUCCUGGAUCUGUCUGGUGUCUACCAGGUCAAGGGCACAUGGAUGGAAUCCACCACUUUACCAUGUACUUAUGUGCCCUCAGAAGGUUUCACACAGCAAACGCUCAGAUGGAGCAUGGAGCGAGACUAUAGCACCUCUACCAUCUUUCGGAGGGACGAUUCUGGUGACCACAUCUUGUUGUCUCAGUUCCGAGGCCGGGUCAGUGUCCCAAAGCACAGCCCAGGGGACGCCUCACUCCUAAUCAAGAACCUUGAAAUCCCUGACAGUGGACACUACACCUGUCAAGUCAUCUGGAGGUCUGAAAAUAACAGCUUGAUAACAAAGGAGGUGACCACUACAGUUAAAGUUGUCAAAGUUGCAGUGACCAAGCCCAUCAUCAGGGCCAGCGAGCUGGGGCUGACUUUCCUGCCAGGAGCCAGGACCAGCCUGACCUGCGUGGCCAGCGGGUCCCCUCCCAUCAGCUACCGCUGGUUCAGAGGUGCCCCGGGAGGGGAAGCCCUGCUCCUGAGCAGCCAGGCCGAGCUGGCGUGGGACAGCCUGCAGCCCUCCGACACCGGGAAGUACUACUGCGAGGCAGAAAACAGGGUUGGGGACAGGGCUGCGCAGCAGAGCGAUGUCGUUGAGCUGACGGUGAGAGAUCUGCCCACAGCGACACCGGUGUUGGGGACAGAUGCCGUUUCGGAGGGGCCUCCCAUUGCCACAGGUGCCCCCCGGGCCGCGCCCGCUCCGCGCCUCUACGCGCUGGCGACCGCGCUGGGCGGAGCCGCGCUCCUGGCGCUCCUCGCCGUGCUGCUGCGCCGGUGGCGGAACAAGGCGGAACCUCUCUAUGAAGUUGCUUUCCAUAGCACUGCAGAUGUCACAAGAUUGGAGACUGAUGUGGAAGACCCUCUUCAGUGCCUACAUGAGGAGACAAAUUCUAAGACUGAAACAUCCAGUGACACUUUCACCAUGAAAUACAACAGUCAGGACAGCAUAUGCAUCAGGAAAAAUCCUGAGUAUGAGAACCUUGUGAAUUCAAUGGAAUCAGAAUAUGAAAUAGCAAUAAUUUAGUAGAGUACCAGCUUUUCCACAUGAGCAGCCAUGCAGGGCUGCAGAUACUGAAUGGUAAGCUUUACCAAAGGAAACACUUCCUCCUGUCUGCCUUCUACUCUGAUAAAUAUACCAGUCUCACUGCUUUCUUUAACCCAGGGGAACUGCAUAACCUUCUUAGGCUUUGGCAAAUGAGGCCCAGCCUGUUGGUGCAGAAACCCUCAGCCAAGUGGUUAUCUACCUACUUUUAUAGAACGAAUAAUUUCUGAGCAGCCUGAAGGACCAAGGUGAGGAAGAGAUGAUCUAAAGGAGUGGAAGCACAAAUGUCUUUAGCCUGCAAAUCAAGGUGUAGCUGGCUGCAAGGCUGCUAGCCAGGAACACUGGCAAGGUGUACUCUCAGUUUGUGUUCCCAUUAGGACAUCCCAGAUUGCAUGGAGCCAGAGAUUUUACUGGAAAUGGAUAUCCUCUGGCUUUUACAGCUCACCAAAUACUGGUUGUGCAUCCUGCUUGUCCUUGAGUCUUUUUUAUUAGAGGGACCACACAGUGGGGGGUUGAUGCCCCAGGAAUGUCAUUUUUACUACCAGUCUGGAGCUUAUUGCUUAGAGGAAGAGGGACUGGCCCUGUAGGUGAUGAGCCUCCUAACUGCCACCCUCUGGUGUUCUGGAAAAACAGAAUUAGUGUUGAAGGAAAUGCUAGCAUUUUGUUUUUACAGUGUGGGGGAAGAGGCAUAAUAAAAUAGAAAUUUGAGGCAUUUGUAAUCAUGAUUGAGCACAGGACCCCUCUGGACACAAAAGACUGACAGUAGUUCACUCACAAAUCAAUCUGUGUGAUUACAACAGAGAUAUUAAUGCUGACUUGUGUUACGGGGAUACUGUGAGUGCUCAUGUUUGUAUAACGCCUUGAAAAGUGCUUGAUUAGAGCAAUGUAUUUUCUUUCCUGGGGCAAAUACAAAAGUAUUCAAAGGA